UUCAGUCAUUGGUAAGGCAGGGACACCGCACUGCUCCUUAGCGCUUUCAAUACAUUAUUGUCUCCUCCUUGCCCCUACCCCUUUGGAGCAGACACUGCUAAACCGGUAUGUUGCACUGAAUUGCAGGAAUGCAGGAGACUGACUUCAGCACUUUUUCGGGGCGGGAGCUGCAUUGCGCCAAACUAUUUGUCAGGACUUCAGCUCGGUUCGGUCCAGAGCCGCAAGGCUGCAGCGACCACCCUGACUUUUCCAUUGGACCUCAAUGAUCCUUAAAAACACCCUGGUACCCCCUUUCACUGCCAGCCUCCUCCCGCAUCUUAACUGUCUCAGGCAACUUUAGUUGGUUCUGCUUUCCAAGACUAACAGCUACUACCAUCCACACCAAAUUGCAGGUGUUUCUUGGAGAUGGACCUUUAUCAGCCCUGUGAUGUCCGACUAGUCUUUUUAUUUUGCACAGAUGAAGUGUGAGCCAGUUAAUGUCAUGUGCUGACGAUCACUUUAUGUUUACUUUUAUACACCUCAGCAUUCUGGGGCUAAUUUUCUGGGGUCGAUACAUAUAAUUUUAACGUUAAGGACAUCAGAGGAAGAGUUUAAACCGCUUGCCGCUGCUGAAGAUGGUGUCCAUACAUCCAUAUCCUCUCUUUCCACACAGAAAGGCGAGGUGCGAGUCCUGCGUGUUUUUGGGGUUUCUGCUUUUCUUUACAGGGUUUUCCUUUUUUCCUGUAACAUCUGCCCUUGAAACUACAGUAGGAAAGAUUAACACCUUUGAAGUACUGAAUGGAACGGACUUUAUCCUGCCCUGCAACUUUGGUACCUGCAUUGGCUUUGAGAAUUUGCUGUUCCGCUGGUAUUUUGAGACUAACACAACAAGGGAUCGGUUAUUGGAGGCAACCAUCAAAGCACCAGGAACUGAGCCACGAAUUACUUUUACAAAAAAUGAUCGCAUCAAGUUUGCAGGGGACAGCAAGAAGAAAAACAUUUCCAUCCUUCUUGAGAAUAUGGACUUUGAAGACUCUGGGAAGUACAUCUGUUUUGUCAAGAACCCAACAGAAAAAGAUGCAAAACAUGAGUCUGUGGUUACAGUCAAUGUUGUUGAUAAAUUGACAACGAAGGAUAACACACUGACCAUCAUGAUCGCUAUGUGCGUGGGUGGGGUGAUCGGUCUCCUCAUUGUCAUCAUGGCCUUGAAAGCCCUUAUACUUUGCAUUAUCAACAAAGUAACUGAAAAGAAGAAAGAAUGCCUUGUGAGUUCCUCAGGGAAUGACAACACAGAGAAUGGACUUUCAGGCUCCAAAGCCGGAAAAAAAGUGCCUCCCAAGGCCUGAUAGAAUGCUAGAUGCAACAUGGGCAAAGAUAACAAGUGUGCUUAUGAUUAACAUAUGUGCCUGUUCCUUAACUCUGUAUGGCUGUGAAAGACUGAAGAGGAAGUAACUCGUUCUGAACAUGAUGGCUGCAUCUACCAUAGAAACUUGGCUAUCUCUCCAAAACAGGGACUAAAAAACAAGUGUUAACACCAUUCUGGAUGUCUACUUUUAAGGGACCUCAAGUACACUUUGACAGGAAGAAGUGGUUUGUCUUGGAGUGCUGCACCCUUUCUUGAAGUCACUUUUCAUCAUGAUGGUUUCUCUGCAUUUCUAGACAUUCUACAACUAGACAAGAACACAGCACACUGACAUGAUUGGGUGCCUCAGUUGGAUGCAAAAAUAAAUACCCACCAGUGUCUGUACUAUACUAUGCAUCUUCCUGGAAUGGUUUGCAAGCUGUAUUUACUAUCUGCAUGGAUGUGUAUGUUACCACAAAAAAAGCUGCCUACGUUUAGACAUCCUAUACCUUAGUCGGAAUUGUUACUAUUUGUUUUUUAUAGAUGUUAAAAGUGAGCUGUAGGUGGCAGCACUUGAUCACUAAUUUAUCUCUGCACUGCACGUGCUUAGGGUGCACUUUAACCAUUUUUUUGCUCAGGGUGCUUAUCUGCUGUAUUAUUCACUUUAUAUUCAAAUUAAUUUGAUAGUUAGCUUUAAAAUGAAUCGAUAGUGCUCUGUUAGAGAUACGGUUUGCUCUCCCUUCUAGUUUAUUCUGCUGUAAACUUCUCUGCUAUAUCCUUCUCCCAUUCAGUGUCUCAGAGAUUCCUUCAUCCCCACAAAGAUAAAGAAUUAGGUUGAAGUCAUGCCCUUGUAAGGCACAUGUAGGCACUGUGUUUGAUGUGAUGUGGGGGUGGAUGCUAGCAUUGGAGUUCCUACCUGAUGCUGUUGCAUGGCAACCAGCUACAGUAACCUGCGUGUCUGUUACCUGCGUCACCCUUGCACUUUGGCCACAAACUGAUUGUUUUUCUGGGGUUUUGGAUAUGAUUUGUGAAAGAUACUGAGAGAAAGCUUUGCUGAAUAGUAUGAACACUGCAUUUCAGCAUUACUUUUUUAGGAGUGUUAUCCCACUCCUAAAUAAAAGCACAAAUCAUUAAAACAGAGUUCUGAUAAUUAUUUCUGUCCUACUCCUACGAGUUCAUUGCAUGAGUUUCUUCUCAUCGGUUUAUCGCAUGAUUUUUACUAGAACAAUAAAUUAUGGUACAUGGGUUUGUUAUAUAAAACCUGCUGUUUUAUCUUCCUGAACUAAGGCUGUAGUUUAUAGUUGUCUCAUGGCUUCUAGUGCAGCAUUUUGGACACAAGGUUUGUUCUGUAGUGGGCACAGCACUUGGAUGAAAUGUUGACCACGGUACAGUGAGGGGUGCUCAGAGAGCAGAAAUGGGUGGCUCUGACAGCACUUGAAUAGGAGAUCAACUAAUUAGAGUAUAACAGAACUGUGGGCAUUCUUUGUAGCUCUUAAAGGGGACAUAUAUCAGUAAGUCUCAUCUGAGCCAAGGAGGUGGCAGGUAUUGCCCUUAGAACAGAAGGUACAAAGUAGUCACUGAACAUAUUCCAGGCACUGCAUGGUGGGUAAGCUUGCAAAGCCAGUAUCUUUAUGCCUCAGCAGGUGAGGGGAGAGAACAAAGGAAAACAAAAUAUAUGGCAUUUUCUUUUUUUGUCUACUGACUGUAAGAACACUGAUAGUUAAGGGUAGAUUCAGACACCUUUCCUUUGAUAGCUGUCCACAUUGCAACACGUUAGGCCACCUCCCUUCGCACAGGUGGGCACACUAGUAGAAGCUGCUCAGCCCCGUCCUUCUUGUCUGGCUCCUUAAGUGCUCAAGCUGUUAGCAAAACUUGGAUUGCCUGUGUCAUAGUCAUGCUUUUAAUCCCUACAUGCUAUGGAUCCAGGUCGAAUUAUUUCUUGAAGUAAUAAGAAGAUGCAACCUCUUCCUGUAAACCAUUUGCUUUUGAAGUUACUUUCUAGGAUAGUAUUGGAACCACUGAAUCCAUCUAGAAUCCCUGAAGGAAGGAAUCUACCCUCAGGUAGCAGUGUUCUUACACUCAGUAUUUAAAAAAAAAAAAAAAAGAAAUGGCAUACAUUUUGCUUUCUAUUGUUCUGUCCCUCUCAUAUGCUGGGGCAUAUAAAUACAGCUUUACAAACAUACCCAGCAUGCAUUGAACAGAAUACGUUCAAAUUACUGUUUUGUCCCUUCUGUUGUAUGGGCACUCACAACCUGUCAGCUUCUGGCCUUGGGUCCUUGGGUGAGUCUCUGACAUUUGGCCCACCUUCACUGUUGAAAGAGUGUCUGCCAAAUCCAUUGUACUCUUGCAAGUUGAGCUCCUAUUUAGGUGUUAUGAGAGGCACCAUGGGUAAAAAGACAAAAAAAAAAAAAAAAAAAUCAGGGAAUUAUUUAAAAGUGAGAUCAGGCAGUUAUAAAAAAAAACCUGACUAUUUUACCAUUACUCAUGCAAUGCUGAGAACUGCUGUAGCAUUGUUGUACUAGCUCACAGGGCAGAAUUCCACCAGUGUCUUGGGCUGGUGGGUAUGCACAAAUGAGAAGUGGCAAAUUCUGUACAGUUUUAUAAGUACUAUUCAAAUUCUGCUCUGUGCUUAUUUACUGUUUAUUGUGUGGGGCUUUCUCUGCAGUAAUUAUCUAAAUUCACUGUGAACAUUUUAAGAACAGCAAAGGCUUUGCUCAUCUGUUCUUUUUAAGGAUUUUCAGAUGUCUCUCUUGCUUUAUAAUAUGCUUGGGACUUUUUUGGUUCACUUGAUUAUGGCAGAGUAUGAAAGUCCCAUUUUUAACACAGAACCUUUACAAAACAAAAGAAAGCGGACAUAAAAAGGCUGCCUCAACUGGUUUGAUCUAUUCUCCCAUCUUCCUGUCCCAAAGCUUUGGUUCGCUUUUAUUAAGCUCUGUAAUGACCAUUUUCUAUGUAUCCUUUUUAUGUACAGUAUUGAACUAAAAAACAGCAAUGUCAGAGCACAGAACGGUUGCAAAUAACAAUGCAAAUGUUGAGGCUCUUCCAGAGCAUGCAAAGCUCAUGGUGCUGUACUGCUACUAUUGCCACUAAUUUCAAUUCCAGAGGAUUUGGACUAUUUGGAGCUGAAAGCGUAGAGUAGAGGGUUAAACUAUGAGCUGUUAAUGAGCUCCUUUCUGUAGUGCAGGGUAUGAUUCCCUCAGCCUACAUUUGCCUGUUGUGUAACUCCGAGCAAGCCACUUACCAGAUGAUACUCCAAGGUUUGGGUCACCAUUGAAUAGGGGCUCUUAUGCAAGUUGACUUAAUUGGUAUACCGAAAAAAAAUAAGAAGAAAGUGAAUAUCUGAUUCAGUGCUGCCCCUUGUGGUUAGUGAAUGAGUGUGAAUCACAUACAGAUAGCUUGAUGGCAUCAUAAUGCAUGUGCCCUUCUACAUAUGUAGAUACUCAUUGCUGUUGUGCAAUAUCUGAUGGGUCAUGACAGAAAUUCACUAAAUUCCCACAGCAGCGUAUACACAUGAACUUGAAACUUACCUACAUUUAUCUUUAUUCUUACUAUUAUAUCUGAAUAUCUGAGAUGCGUAUUCCUCUCUUAUAGCACCAUUUAUAGAGAUCAGAGAGAUAGAGAGAGAGAGGUACAGUUUUAGGGGAACUCUGCAGGACCCAUUCCAAAGAAUGGGAUAGUAGAAAAUGGUGGAGUGGGGUCUAGCAUAAGCUAGGCCUCAUGUUACAAUAAAUCUCUUAAAAAAUUGUUGUGAAAAACUGCUGAUUCUUGUUUAGAAGAGGCAUUUUCUUUUUAUAUUGUAUUUUAUUCUCUGCCCUUUACAAUAGUAAACCUCAACUAGUAUACACGCUGUUUUUUCUUAGCAUAGCAGAUUAGAUGAUACCUAGAAGGAGUGAUGCCUGUUUUUACUGAAAAAGUUUUCAGUAAUUUUUAAAACACAUAAGAACCAAAAAACAUCAAAUAAUACCACUUUCCUUAAAUGUUAGAGCUAUUUUAGACCAGGAUGAGAGUUUUGAUUGAUAAAUGUUAUUUCUUAAAGUAAUACCUGAGUGGUAAUCUAGGUCUAAUACCAAGGAAAGAUAAAAAAACAUGUAACUGGACCAGUUCAGAGUGUGUUUUGCAGGUAACACUGUGCUAUUUUGAACCACUGUGUUAGUUUAAGGUAUAAACACAUCACCAACAAAACAUGUUAUGGGUUCAAAUACCAAUUAUUAGGUGUGGGUAAUAGUUUGGAGAAACCUUUCCACAGCUGGUGCUCUGGUAUUAGUAACUCAGUUAGUGCCAAAAAGAGGGAUUUUAGUGGUCAAAGGGCAGAACUAAAUAGAGUCAAGGGCUAUGGCUAGCUUCCUAAAUGUAUGUUUUUGUGCGCGGGUGCAAGAGUACAGGUCUUUGUAUCAGUUAAGACAAGCUUGGUGGUUUAAAGCCAUAAUUCAUCCAUCCUUUCAGCACGGCCCGAGAGCAUGAAAAGUACCUACAUUUUGCUGUAGUGCAGUCUAAUUGCAGAUGCUUCGGGCUGCAGAACUGGUGUCAUAUAAUAGUGAUGUAACUCAGCUCCCUAAGAAUUGUGCUGCAACGUCUGCCCAAGUGAGGCUAGCACAGUGCAUAGGAUUGUGUUUUUGUCGAAACAUGAGCGAUGCUCCUCUGGUUUAACAUUAAGGAGUGCCUUUUUCCUCUUCCUUUCUCAGCCCCCUUUCAUUAUAUCCAGAACAAGACUAGUGCUGAGCAGUUCUGUUUUAAUCACAGAAGACUUACAGUGGGGACUGUCAAUCAAUGCUUAUUAUAAUUGUUUUUUAUCAAUGGUGCCAUGCAGUAAGUAAUAAGAUAGCAAUACUUUUAGCAAAAAAUAAAACAAUAUUUUCAAGACAUACCAAAGGGCUACAGCAAGUCUUCGUUUUCAUCUUCCUCUUUCUCUGUUAUGAUCUGUCAUAUCAGUAAUAUAUAUCUAUGCCAUUUUGUUUUUCAUAUUACAUUAACAUGAUAUUUAAAAAAAUGACUGCAGCUUAAUAGAAAGAUAAUGCUUUUUAAACCAAAGAUUUGUUUACUGUCAUAUUUAAAUUUUUAUUUAGCAUAAUAAGUGAAUAAGUGGACAUUAACAAUGAAGUGUAAAUAAUAUACAUGUCAUUGGGCAGAAUGGGGGAUUGAGUUUGUUUAUAUUCAUACAGACUUUGCUUUGUCCUGCGUGAUAGAAGUUUAGUUUUUUCAUUCCUUCUUUUUAUGAAAUGUAAUAUUUUUACUUGAUAUUUAAGGGAAAAAAAAUGCUUCCUGUUCCAUGUCAGUAACCAAAUAUGCAAACAUGAAAAAUAUUGAAGAAAAAUUAAAUGUUGCUCUGAUUUUCUUUUUUAAUUUGAUUGCUAGGGAUUAAGUAAUCGAUUAACUGUGUGGACAGGCUGCUGCUAACAAACUGUUUCCAACAACAUCUUAGGCCAGGGGCAGAUGAAAUAAAUGAAAGGCUUAUUAGAGCUGCAACAUUAGUAUGUGAGCAAAACUGAUUGUGCUAAAUAUUUCUUUAACAUAAAAUAAUUUCAAAGCAACUAACAUGUAUGAAGAUGUAACGUAUUCUUAAGCAAACUGAUAACCUUAGGGGGAAAACAGAAAAAAAAAGACUUUAAUAUUUGAUUGCAAUGUCAGCAUUUCAAUUGUUAAAAAUAGAAAAUAAGGGCACGAUAUUUGUCUUUAUUAACUAAUGUAAAACAGUAAGCUACUAAAUAGUUUUUGAAUCACUGAUUCUCAAUAAACUGGUACAGAUUUUUUUGUUUUUACUAUUGUGCAAGCUCAUAAAAUAGGAGUUGCUAUGUGUUCAUAAAGUUUCAGAGAUAGGUAUCUCAGGUCAAAAGAAGCUCAUGCAUUCCACUAAAUAUAAAUAAGAAAAUGCAAGAGCAUUAUUCAAAUAAUUCGUAUUUAUAUGGACAGUCUGAUUUUAUAUAUCAGUGUGACCAGAGAUGCUUUGAUGCCUACAAUGGGAAACAACAAUGUCAAUAAAGAAUAUAAUUGCAAAAGAUAGUUUAUUUGUUUUGGCCAUCAUGACCUGAGUGUAGCUGUUUUGUGAUCAGUGGACAUAACUGUGAUCACAAAAUGGUGCAUCUGCCAAAUAGGAUGGACUUUUAAAAGUUCUAAAAGUUGUAAAAAAAAGCCUGCUGAACUACUUGAUGUGAGAGGGCUGCUGCUCUACACCCCUUUUACUUAUGAAUAAAGCUCUGAGAUCACGUGUUUCAGAGAAAGGAGAAAUCCUUAAGAUACCACAAUCUCAAUCUGUGAAAACAAAAUCCAGUAAUCAAACACUCUAGUGAUCACACAUUAGAGUGCAAAAUUCAAGAACCACACACUAGUGAUCAUACAUUAAAGUGUAAAAUCCCUAAACCACACACUAGCGAUCAUACAUUAUAGGGUCAUAGGAGGUUACUAGGCUAAUGGCCCUGGGGUCCUUACAAGCAUAGCCAAGAGUUUAUCUCCAAAA